AUGCAGCGGAGAUGGCAGGAAGGAGAGAGCAUUCUGUAUGGAGUAAAUCAUGCCUCAGCUGGUGCAAGAAUUCUCCGCGACACAAGCGACACAGGAUAUCUAUUUGGCCGCAUCAUCCAUUUCGAAGAACAGAUUAACAACUUGAGAAAAACGGUGGAUAAGCUGAGAAAGCAACUGCAUGGGAAUGAAGAAAUCCAAGGUUUAGGGCUGAGGAAGUUCUUAAUAUUAGAGGCUUCACCUAUUGGUUGCAUCCCUAUAAGAAGUCACAAUUUGAAGUGUAACGCAACAUUAAACCACGUGGUGGAAAUGUUCAAUACGCGGCUGAAAUCUGUUGCGCACGACCUCAGGUCGAACUACCCUGGAUCUGCAUUCACUUACGCCUCAUCGAUUCAACUGUUUAACAGCUUGUUCGACAAUGCUGAGGCCUACGGUAAGGGUUCAAGGUGA